AUGGAAAAGGAAAACGCGAAUAUGAUGAACGAGAAGAUUAUUGACGAAAGUGGCAGCAUUAAUGCCGGCAGUACGCAGUUAUGUUCUACAUCCAGGAACUCUGGAGGCCCACCGUUAAUACGAGUGAUAAGGAGGCAAUCGAGGGAGAAUAUGUAUGCGGCUUGGAUUUUAUUUCUAACCUUCCUCUCGUAUACAUGCUAUCAUAUGACCCGAAAGAUCAUAAGCGUUGUUAAGAGCUCGUUAUAUACACCCAACUGUACGCUAGCUCUUGAUAAUGAUCAAAUGCUUGUCUCUGGUAAUGAAAUCCAUUCUCAGCCACUUAUUAUAAACGGAACGAAAUUGGUUCAAUCAUGCCCCCAAUGGGCACCAUUUAAUGAACAAAAUGGUAGUCACUUGCUGGGAAUUUUGGACGUAGUUUUUUUAUUCUGUUAUGCCGUGGGUGUUUUAGUAAGUGGAUACGUCGCUGAGCGAGUAAAUAAGAGGUAUUUUCUAAGUGGCGGAAUGUUAGGAAUAUCAAUAUUUACUGCCAUGAUGGGUGUUAUCUACUUCGCAAAAAUUCAUAGUUACGCGUACUUUCUUAUCUUCCAAAUACUGAAUGGAUUCGCACAGUCGACAGGCUGGCCAACUGUUGUAGCAAUUGUUUCCAACUGGUAUGGGAAAAGCAAGAGAGGUUUUAUCAUGGGAGUGUGGAAUUCACAUACAUCUUUUGGCAACAUGUUGGGCUCAGUGAUUCCAGGAUUAUGGGCGCAGGGUAAUUGGGGUUGGUCAUUCAUUGUUCCAGCUAUCAUAACUGCAGUUAUUGCAGUUUUGGUUUUCUUAACUCUUGUAGCAGCGCCUGAUGAAGUCGAUUGUGCUAAACCGCGCCAAAAUAACGAACGAGACCAACUUUUAGCAUCGGCAGAAACUGCAGAGACUAUAACUCAGGAGGCUCCGCAAACUCACAAGGCUAUAACAAUUUUAGAAGCGUUGAGAAUUGAAGUAUGA